CUUCAUUCACUCGACGCCCAGCUCAGCAUGGAUCCUAAAAAGAAGACAGUGGGAUUUGCUCCUGGUCAAGAUGUCAAUACCGCAGACUUGCCUUCGCCAGGAAGCAAUAACGUCAGUACGCCUAAUUCGUCUGUGUCAGCGCUCGGGAAUACCCCGGAUCUAAAAAGUUCCAACGUCGCUUCACCUGCAGCAACCACGACCACAGCACCUCGUACCAUCAAUUCGUCAGGAUCUCGGUCGUCAUACGAACCCAUGAAAUCCUCAUAUGAAGAGCAAUGGGGCCUUGCAGAUCGUGCCGCCUCUGCCUCUAAGGCUCACAAGACGGCUUCCCCUCGUGAAGGUGCCGGCUUCCCUAAUAGCAACAAAGACCAAGGCAGUGCCAACAAAAAGGACAACAAAGGGAAACGUGUCUCCAUGAGCUCAUCUGUUACUUCAGGGUCUCCUGGCUCUGGGAAGGAAGGAGCCAAAGCACCAGUGUUAGGUAUUCAACCUAGCUCCUCGUCAAUAGACGGACCUCAUAGUGUAGGACCCAGCUCUGCAGGAUCAUCAGCAGGGGGUAAGGGCGGUCCUGGAGGACAGUAUAAACCUAGUACACCUUCUCAAAAGAAUAUGACUAAGGCGGAACGUCGAGAGUUACAGGAGAAGCAGCGAGCAGAGAAGGCUGCUCGUGUCUCUGCAGGAUUGCCAGCUUCUGGCAAGAAGGCUGCUCAAGUUCUUGCACAACCUAAUUCUGGAUUCUCACCUAAUCCUUCCAAAUCUUUGGCAACCUCAUUCCCUGGUGCGGAGGCUGAGAAGGCGAUCGCCAUGGCAGCAGGGGCGGAGUCCUCGACAACAACUCAGACCAAGAGACGUGAGAGAUUGACGAAGGAAAUCGGGCUGUUCGCGCACUUGGACCCUCCAAAGUUUGCAAACACAGCUUCAGCGCCCAAGGAGCUUCAUCCUGCAGUUGUGAAUGUUGGACUACAGAUGGCUCAAUUUAAGAUCUGUGGUGCAAACGCACGUUGUGUUGCAACAUUGAAUGCUUUCCGCAAAGCAAUUCAAGACUAUCAAACUCCACCGAACACCACCCUUUCACGUCACAUGCAGACAUACUUAAACCCUCAUAUCAGUUAUCUUGUAACAUGUCGACCAAUGGCUGUCAGUAUGGGUAAUGCAAUUCGAUAUCUGAAAUACGAGAUUGGAAAGAAUCUGGAGCUACCCGAUGAAGAUGCUCGUUCCCUUUUCUUGGAGAAGAUCGACAAUUUUAUUCGCGAUAGGAUCACAGUAGCAGAUCAAGUUAUCACAAGUUUUGGAUUGCAAAAGAUUCAGGAUGGAGAUGUAAUUUUAACAUAUGCUCGCUCCUCCGUUGUCCAGGGUCUGCUCCUUGCAGCCCAUGCUAAGGGUAUCAAAUUUAAGGUUAUCAUUGUUGAUUCUCGCCCUCGUUUUGAAGGCAAGCAAUUGCUCAGCGCAUUAGCCAAUGCUGGUGUUCCAUGCACAUACGUCUUGUUGACAGCUAUUGGCCAUGUGAUGCGAGAGGUCAGUAAAGUGAUUUUAGGCGCCCAUUCGCUACUCUCCAACGGAGCAUUGUAUUCGCGUGCUGGAACGGCUGUUGUGGCGAUGUCGGCACAUGAGCGUAAGAUUCCAGUUAUUGUUUGCUGUGAGACCUACAAGUUCAGUGAUCGCGUCCAAUUAGACAGCUUUGUGCAGAACGAGAUUGGAAACCCAGAUGAGCUUGUCAACGACCAACAUAAUAACUAUGGACACAGCAGCACACGAAUUCAUAACGGUGUUCAUGGCACCAGUACUACUACUGGCACAAGCACUGGUAGCGCGAACAGUCAAGGUGUGUUAUCAGGUUGGAAGGAGUCAAGGGACCUGAAGCUGUUGAACCUUUUGUACGAUUUGACGCCAAGUGAGUUUGUGACAGUCGUAAUCACAGAAGUGGGAUUAAUUCCUUGCACUUCAGUUCCUGUUAUUCUCAGAGAGUUCUUGCCAAUGAUGCAGCAAUAGUUCGCAUGAUGUAAACAAGGAGGCAGGGAGACAUGAUUAAAGAUCUAGGCUUGAUAUAUACCUCUCGAAGACUACAGUUGAAGGAAGGAAGUGGCAUAUUUUGAGAGGUACUAUAUCCAACAAAAAUGUAGAUUUUCAAUAAACAAACAGAGAAACAUGGUUUAUGG